UUCCCUCCAUGUAUAUAUAAAUAUAUUGUCCAUAAAAUUCUCGGGUUCUGUCAAAGGUUUUCUCACCAAUGGCUAAAGAUACUACUGUUGCCGCUAAGAAGCGCACCACCAAGUCCUCAGAAACUGCCCCUUCAAUUGCCCACCCUCCUUACUUUGACAUGAUCAGCGAUGCUUUAUCAACAUUGAAGGAUCGAACGGGGUCCAGUCAACCAGCCAUAGCGAAAUUCAUCGAGGCCAAGUAUAAGGAACAUCUUCCUCCGAAUUUCCAGAAAAUCUUGUCCGUACAGUUGAAGAAAUUCGUCAAGUCCGAGAGGCUGGUGAAGGUCAAGAACUCAUUCAAGAUCUCUUCCACCGAGAAGCUGAAGUUCGCCAUCAAAGAGGCCCGGAACAAAGAAACCACGACCAAGUCAACUCCAACGCCCAAGGAAAAGGUGGCCAAGAAGAUUUCGGACAAGGGUUUGAAGACCAAGAGGCUGAGUCAGGUCAAAACCCCAGAGGCCCUCAAGAAAGCUAACAAAGGUCCCGACAAGAAGAAUAAGCGGCCCGUGGUAGAUGGAAAAAUCAAGAGGUUGAGUCAGGUCAAGACCCCAGAAGGUUUAAAGAAGAAGAAGAAUUCGACGCCUGCAAAGAGGAAGAGUGCGAAGCCCGCAGACUCUUCGUCUAGGCCAAUUAAGAAGGUUAGGAAAUGAAUAGCAAUUAGCAAUUUGUUGUUGCUAAUAAUUAAUAUAUUCUCGUAAUUAUAACGGAUAAUGUGGUAAUGGUACUCCUUGUAUUUACUUUUGCUGCUGAUUGUGGGAUUUGUUGGCGAUGAUAGAUGACAAUAUUUUGUAUGAUCAAAUGCUGUUGUUUUGCUUGUCUUAUGGUAAUUAUUGAAUCAUUAUUAUGUUUUA